AUGUCGUAUAAUCGCCUAGAUCACAACUACGAGGACGACCAGUAUCACCAGAUGGAUCCUCGGGGUAACCCAUAUAGGACUCCGUCGCCUGGACACCCGCUUCAGCAGGGAUACCAGAUGGACGAGAAUCCCUAUGGCCAAUAUCAUCCUCAGAAUGCCCAGAUGCCCAAUAUUGGGCGACUGGCAAGCCCGAGCGACCAGCUACACAUUAACCCCGCUGCCUCUGUUGACGGUUUGUCCUACAACCCCGACCAACCUUACAACACCGGCCACCGUCCGUCCGACUACUCAGUAGAUCCAGAGGCCCAUCACAAUGCCUACUACAAUGCUCCUUAUGAGCCGCAUCCACACACCGGCCAAGACUAUGAUCAACCGUACGAACACCCCGACUAUGACGACCGACGACCGAUGCUCUCACAUCAGAACUCCGAACACCCUCUCACCCAGCAGGAAGAGACUCGGCCUGUCACACCGACGGGUGGCAUCAAAAGAUGGAAGACAGUGAAGCAGGUGCUUUUAUACCGUGGCAAUCUGGUGCUUGAUUGCCCAGUGCCGCCUGUACUACUGCGCGAAAACCCUCACGGCGAACGUGAUGAGUUUACACACAUGCGAUACUCGGCCGCAACCUGUGAUCCUAAAGAUUUCUAUGAUGAGAAUUUUACGUUGCGUCAGAGGCUCUUCAGUAAGCCUCGGCACACCGAACUGUUCAUCGUAGUUACCAUGUACAAUGAAGACGACGUUCUCUUUGCACGAACUAUGGUUGGUGUUUUCAAGAACAUUGAAUACAUGUGCAACCGCCCAAACAGUAAGACCUGGGGUAAGGACGCCUGGAAGAAGAUUGUGGUCUGCAUUGUCAGCGAUGGUCGUUCCAAGAUCAACCCCCGAACAAGGGCAGUGCUAGCUGGUCUCGGAGUCUAUCAAGAGGGUAUCGCCAAGCAGCAAGUGAACAACAAGGAUGUGACGGCGCACAUCUAUGAAUACACCACCCAGACGCACCUGCAGCUGACCAAGGACGUUGUCUCGCUGGUUCAUCGCCGAACACCCGUCCAACUGCUCUUCUGUCUCAAAGAGAAGAAUGCAAAGAAGAUCAACUCCCACAGAUGGUUUUUCCAAGCAUUUGGCCGUGUUCUGGACCCCAACAUUUGCGUCCUCAUUGAUGCCGGUACAAGACCGGGAGGUAGUUCUAUCUACCAUCUGUGGAAGGCGUUCGACCUAGAACCCAUGUGCGGAGGCGCCUGUGGUGAGAUCAAGGCCAUGUUGGGUACUGGUGGCAAAAACUUGAUCAACCCUCUGGUUGCAACGCAAAACUUUGAGUACAAGAUGAGCAACAUUCUGGAUAAGCCCUUGGAGUCGGCCUUUGGCUUCAUCUCCGUCUUGCCUGGUGCCUUCUCAGCUUAUCGAUAUGUUGCCUUGCAGAACGACAAGAACGGCCAAGGCCCUCUCGAAAAGUAUUUCUUGGGUGAAACGCUGCAUGGUGGUCACAAAGCAGGUCUCUUCGAGUCCAACAUGUACCUGGCCGAAGAUCGUAUUCUCUGCUUCGAGCUGGUCACUAAGCGAAACUGCCACUGGAUCCUGCAGUAUGUCAAGUCUGCCACCGGCGAGACUGAUGUGCCCGAUACAGUGACGGAAUUGGUCCUCCAGCGACGUCGUUGGCUCAACGGCUCUUUCUUCGCUGCCAUCUACGCCAUCGCUCAUUUCCACGACUUCUUCCGCUCUGACCACUCUUUCUUCCGAAAGAUUGCAUUCUUUAUUGAAUUUGUCUUCAACACCAUCAACAUGAUCUUUGCUUGGUUCGCAAUUGGUAACUUCUUCUUGGUCUUCAAAAUCCUGAUUACGAGUCUGGGCUCGGACGAUCUCCUCGGCAAAGUUGGUAAUAUCCUGGGCGUUGUAUUUGAGUGGCUGUAUGGCGUUUGCCUGAUUACUUGUUUCGUCUUGUCUUUGGGUAAUCGGCCGGCUGGUUCUGGCAAACUUUACACUGCCAUGGUCUGGUUCUGGGCAGGUAUCAUGAUAUACUUGAUGUUUGCUGCCAUUUUCAUCGCCGUCAAAGCUAUUAUUGCAGAUAUUCACAGCGGAGGCGGGUUUAGCAUCAGCGAGAUUUUUAAGAACCAGGUCUUCUACACGCUCAUCGUUUCCGUCAUGUCGACCUACGGUAUCUGGCUCAUUGCAUCUCUUCUCAUGUUCGAUCCAUGGCACAUGGUUACCUCGUUUCUCCAGUACAUGCUCCUGACUCCAACUUUUACCAACAUUCUCAACGUCUACGCUUUCUGCAACACCCAUGAUGUUUCCUGGGGUACCAAGGGUGACGAUAAAGUGGAAAAGCUGCCGUCUGUCAACACCAAAGACGGCCAGGGUAAAACAGAUCUCCCUGAUGAGGGUGAUUUGAAUGCGCAGUACCAGCGAGAAGUCUCGGUAUUCAGCGUCAAAUAUAAGGAAGUAAAGUCUGCCCCCACGGAAGCUCAGCUGCAAGAGAAACAGAUGGACUACUACAGAGGUGUACGAACUGGUGUCGUGCUGAUCUGGAUGAUUACCAACUUUGCCCUGGCAGCCGUGGUUUUGAGCUCAGCUGGCCUCGAGAGGAUCACGCCUGGUAACCAGCAGGAUAUUGAGAAUCAGCAAACAGAGCGAUCCAACAUCUACAUGGCUGUCGUCCUUUGGAGUGUUGCAGCAUUGAGCAGCUUCAAAUUCUUGGGAGCCAUGUGGUUCCUUAUCGUCCGUCUGUUCAGAGGUGUCUAA